AACAAGUAACAGACAAGAGACAAAGUGACAAGUGAAGUGUCAGUCUUAAUAUCACACAAUAUCAGGUUUUUAAUUGAGUUCAUCUUGCCGUGUCCCCUCGCGGCCUUCACUGGUCCGGUGAAACAAUUCCAACAAAGGCCUCAGGCAUCACUAAGGUCUGCAGUGUUUCAACGCACGCAGGAGGCUAAACAGGCGACAUCUGGAUGCUAGACUUUAUUCAGGUCAAUAUCUGGCAGACUAAAAGACAAGAGACAGACAGAGAGAGAGAGAGAGAGAGGAAGUAUGAAUGUGGGCCUUGCAACAUUGCUAUUACAGUAGUGGGUGGGUGUGAAGGGAAGGUUAAAAGGUGUCGUGCUAUGUUUGACUCGUGUGAUCGUCGCCUCUCUUCUUCGAGGCUUCGUCACCGAUCGAUUGUCAGGAAAAGUCAUUUUGAUGUGUGCAGACACACGAGGUGCGUGAAACAUCUCCGCGUUCCACUUUCAUCUGUCACUCCUUGUGACGUAGGCUCUCCACUUGAGCCAACCAGAGGUGGGCCCACCCUCUUUGCUACUUCUGACACCCCUCUCUUGUCUCAUUUCGUCCUCCUUCUGUCUUCCGCGGGCCCCCCCCCUUGAGGCAACAGCAUCCCGACCACCUCUCCACGCAGAUUGCAAUUUUAAUUUCCGCUUGCAGAAAGAGCGCCCUGUAGCUAUGACCAAGGGUGGAUAUCCCCCCAAGUGCGUGGUGGACACCUACACCACCCAGCCCCCGGCGACCCCCAGGCCGAGCCAGGGGGCCCGGCAGGCUGCGGCGGUCCAGAUCGUGCUGUUCCUGCUGGUGAGCGUGGCGUUGUGCGGCCUGGCCAUAGAAGCCUGCUUCAUCUACCAUCUGUGGCUCCCGGGCUCCGCCACCUCUGCAUCGCCGUCUAAGUUAAUCUCAGGUCCGCUCGUUCCUUCCACCCCGCAAACUCACCGCCUCGUUAUUCCUCCUUCCAAACCGGUCGCCCAUCUGACAGACGGACAAGAUGUAGUUCACGAGAAAAAGGUCAUGGCGUGGAGCACACAGGCCGACCCCCUCCUCUAUGAAAUGGACUACGAGAACAAACGUCUCGUUAUUCAGAAGGAGGGUUAUUACUAUGUCUAUUCCAAGGUUUCCUUUGUGGACGUCCAUUCUUUCACCCACUCUGUUAGUAUGAAAACUCAACUGUACAAGGGGGAAAGUAUUCCCCUCCUGCUGUCCACGCGAUCCUCACGUGGGUCCAGCGAUAAGCAAUCCAGCAGCUACCUGGCCGGAGUGUUUCACUUCUACAAAAACGAUGCGGUUUUUGUGGAAGUGAGCGACACCUCACACAUUGUGCGAUCCAAAUCUUACGAGAAUGUCUUCGGUGCAUAUAUGAUAUAAAUGUCACCAGUAAAAAUAAAAAUAAAAAAAGUCGACUACAAAUUUUAAGAUGUUAAUAAUAGUUGUCUUGAGAAAUGAAAAGUAGACCCAUGACUAUAAACACCGGCAGGUGUGAAAACCUCAUGGAGUGUUAUCGAGGUUGGGGCAGUGCAGGGGGCUUUCCUACCGCCAGUGUGAGCGUGAAACCUUCCGUUUUAAAGUGUAAACAUUUUUUUAACUCUUUCUUAUCAGAGAUUUCUUUUUUUCUUGAGUCCUAUUUGUCUGAAUGUUGAAAAAUGACUUGUCAUGGACAGAUUUUUAAAAGCUUUUGCACAUUGUUCUGUCUUUUACUGAGUACAAACAUAUGUUUUAUGUUAAUGCCGAAAUUAAAAACAUGCAAACUUUCUACAUUUGUAUACAUUUCUUUUCAUUCUCGCUGUAACACACAACGCACUCUCUAUUUAUUAUUUCAAUGGUUGAAUACAUUAUAUCAUUGCUAUACUUUUUCCUUUUUUAUGUGCAAUAAUGUUUCUGAAAAUAAACAGAUAAUGAUU